GACGCGUUCAAAGGUCGAGAGCAGCGAAUACCUGCACCCGGAAGUUUUGUGGCUCAAGCGUGGGCUGAAGAAUCCUGUUCUGAUAAGAGAGGAGUCAUGGCACCGGCAGCGGCAGGGCACCCCGCCUACUACUUCGGAGCCUCCGGCGUCUCUGCCCUGGCCUUCUUCCCGCUGUGGAAGGCCGCCGCCAUUGGCCAGUCGGGCUACCAGGUGGAAGGCCAGGGCUAUUGGCGCAAGUACUUCGAGGCCAUGAAGCCCCCAUGGCGAGGCUCGCUUGUGGUCAUCGGCGGCAUGACCUGGGCGCGCGCGGCGAUUUUCUACGGCUCGGACACAGGCUCCAAAUGGAUGCGCCAGCAGGGCUACUCCACGGCGCUCUCUUCCACCGCGCCGUCGCUCUGUGUGUCCUGCUUUGCGCAGGCAGUGAAUCAGCCCUUCGUCCGGUCCUCCAUCAUGCUGCAGAAGCCGGGCGAGGAGCUGGCUCGUCAGACCUUCCCCAACAUGGCCAUGCUGAGGCACUUGGCCACCACGAAGGGCCUGUCCUCCUGGUUCACAGGACUGGACGCUGCAAUCCUGAAGACGGCGCCCAAGUACAUGACCGCGGUGCUGAUCAAGGACUACAUGGGGCUCUGGCUGGCGCCGGUGGACCCGAAGGACAAGCAGGCGGUGCUGCUGAAGUCCGCGAAGGUCUCGGUCACCGCAGGUGUGGCCGGAGCUGUGCUCACCAACCCCCUGGACGUCGUGCGCAAUGAGAUGUUCAAGACGGAGGAGGGUAUGGUUCCUUGCAUGAUGCGCAUGAGCAAGGAGGACGGGCCGAAGUGGCUCUUGCGCGGCAUCGGCAAAAACUGGGUUGCAGUGGCCGCUCCCAUCGCCAGCACGAUCUUCCUCACAGACAGGUUCAAGAUUUGGUUCGGCCACUGAGGGGUACGAAAACUGCGCGCAAAACUGCGCGCGAAUUGUUCAUCCCUUGGGUGCUGCUCCAGGGUGCGUGUCAGGCAAUCGAUCAGGCAGGCCUUGUGGC